CCGGCCGGGAGGGUGCCGACAAUGGGCCUCCAUAAAAGGGAGCGGCGGGGGCCGAGGGCCCCGGAUUGAGCCCUCCCCGCGCGGGCUCCAGACGCUCCUGGUUUCUGGAGGCCCGGACGUGCCGGUCGCAGGCCCGCCCGGCAAGCGGCGGGCGGCAGCGCCGGCUGUGCGUCCUCCGGCGUCCGGUCACCGCGGCCUCCGCCGGCCGCACCAUGGCCGUGAAGACCGAGGGCGCCGCGCUCGACUGCUUCGAGGUGACGCUCAAAUGCGAGGAAGGGGAGGACGAGGAGGAGGCCAUGGUGGUCGCCGUGAUUCCGCGGCCCGAGCCGAUGCUCCGAGUGGCCCAGCAGGAGAAGACCCCACCUCCAAGGUCCAGCCUGCUGGAGGCAGGUGGUGAUGGCUGUGAGGAGCCCAAGCAGCAGGUGUCUUGGGAGCAGGAGUUCCUGGUGGGAAACAGCCCAGGAGGCAGCGGGCGGGCGCUUUGCAUGGUGUGCGGGGCUGAGAUCCGGUCUCCCUCGGCGGACACCGCGCGCGCACACAUCCUGGAGCAGCAUCCUCACACCCUGGACCUGAGCCCUUCCGAGAAGAGCAACAUUCUGGAGGCCUGGAGUGAGGGGGUGGCCCUUCUACAAGAUGUCAGAGCUGAGCAGCCGUCCCCACCCAACUCAGACUCAGGCCAGGACGUUGAUGUAGACGCAGACUCCAACUCACACCCUGCCAAGAUGCCAGCCGAGAUUGUUGUGCUCCUGGACUCUGAAGAAAACCCAUCCCUCCCUAAAAGGGGCCGGCCCAGGGGACUCCGCCCCCUUGAGCUUCCUGCUGCCCCUGUCACAGAGCCAGGAAGUAAGAAGCCCCGUGGUCAGAGAUGGAAGGACCCCCCUGGGGAAGAACCAGUCAGAAAGAAAAGAGGCAGACCUAUGACCAAAAACUUGGACCUGGAUCCCGACCCUGACCCAGACCCCCCGUCACCCGACUCGCCCACAGAGACUUUUGCGGCUCCUGCUGAGGUCCGACACUUCACUGAUGGCAGCUUCCCCCCGGGCUUCGUGCUCCAGCUAUUCUCCCACACCCAGCUCAGGACCUCAGACAGCAAGGACCCACCCAAAGAGGGAAGAGCAGCAGAAGGAGGCCUUCCCCAGCCAGAAAGUCCCUCUCCAGCUCCCGCUCCGGGGCUUCGCGGGACACUGGAUCUGCAGGUUAUCCGUGUGCGGAUGGAGGAGCCCCCGGCAGUCAGCCUCCUGCAAGACUGGUCCAAGCACCCCCAGGGCACCAAGGGUGUGGGAACAGGUGACACCCCAGACUGGCCUGCGGUCCUGCCAGAAUCCAGCACCACUGUAGGGGGCCAGCCAGAGGCAGGCAGUGGUGUGUAGGGUCUUGCUUGCCUGGGGAGGGGGUUUGGGAGGGAGGGGAGAAGCAGUGUCCCCCUUUGGCUUAACACUCAGAGCCGCGCAGCUCAGCCACCUGACGGAGAGCAAAAUCAGGUGCCAAGGCAGGAUGAAGGGGCGGAAGGGAGGCCGCACCCACUGUUACUCGGCACUAGUCUCGGCAGGGCAUGUGCCAGGCCCAGAGGUGCUCAAGGCUGGCUGUGGGCUGUCGUGUGGUAGGGCACUGGGCCUGUGGAGAACACCUACCCCAAUCCUUUUGCUGACCCAGACCUCUCUGUCCCCCCACCUCCUCCCAGCCUCUCAGCCUUCUUCACCCCCCUUCUCCCUUGGCACAGUGCCUUACACAAGAGGUCGUCAUGACGGGGUUUGAACUGAGUCCCACUACCUCGGGGGACGCCCCUCCUCCCCCACUAUUCAGGCUCCUUAACCAGGAGGCCUCCAUUACCUCUUCCCACUCCAUCCCUGCAGGAGACUGAAAGCCCACUGGGGGGGCUCCAUUCAUUCCUACUCUCCUUUUCACCUAUUUUCCUGUUGUAUAUAUCUCCUUUGUUGACAAUAAAUUAUUUUUUUUUAUUAAGA